GUUUACGUCGAGCACCUGAAGGCAGCAUCAUUUCACCUCUGGAGAGAAAUCAACGCUGUCAAAAGUUGGAAAGCUUAGCUCCACAUCUCCACCUGAAAAUACGAUUAAACUGCAGUGUGUGACCUCUGACCUCCACCAUGACUUCCACUUCCAUCACCACCGUGGGUGAAGUGACCGUGGUCACUCAGGUCUUUCCUAAGGGUGAAGCCCCGCCCCCUUCCACAAGACAGGCCCCGCCCCUUCCACCAGACAGGCCCCGCCCCCCGACCCCGCCUCCAAGAUGGACGACAUGACCGCCACCUUCCUGCGGGGGGCGCCACAUGUUCUCGGGGUGGUCCAGAUCUUCAUCGGUCUGCUGUGUCUCCUCUUCAGUCUGACUGCUGUCUUCUCCCCGGUCCUGAUCCUCCACGCUCCGCUCUGUGCCUCCGCCACCUUUGUGGUCUCUGGUUCUCUGGCCGUGGCGGCAGCGAGACGGACCUCAGUGGGACUGGUGUGUGCGUGCCUGGCGUGGAACGUGCUGAGCGUGGUGAUUGGUCUGGGGGGCGUGGCCUAUCUCUGCUGGCUGCUCUGUGAUAGGCCCCCCUCUCAGCGCAUCUGUGACACCCACAGCUUCUCCGGUCGCUGCUACGAAGAGCUGAGGGGGCUGGAUGUGAGUGUUUACGGUGUUCUGGGUGCCCUGCUGGUUCUGCUCGUCCUGCAGGUCUGUGUAGUCGUCACCGUCUGCGUGUUCUCCUGCAGAGCUCUUGCACGCCGCCACAGCUCCGCCCCCAUCAUGGUGGAGGUCGGUGACCGCGGCGCUCUGCUGUACGGCAGCGACGUCUCUCUGCUGGGCAGCGAGGGAGAGGAAGCCUCCACGCUGCCUGCCAAGUCCCCGUGAGAGGGAAAACUACAGUAAUCCUACAGGAGAGAGUACUCGCAUACUGGGACUCGGCCUGUCAUUGUAAUCUGUAAUCGUCUCUCCAGCUGUUUCUCUCUUUCAUCUGUUGUUAACAAUCGUUUUCAUGCUGCGCUGCAUUCUGGGUCGUUUGGGGGCUUAAUCUGCUCAAAGUUGGGACUGAGUUUAAAUGUGGAACAGAUAAUACUCUAGUGUUAAUUUCAACAAGUGUAAUUGUAGGCUACGUGUCCACUGUCAGCGUCAAAUCCACACUUUCUCAUUCAGCUGUCUAUGGGAGCAG